UUUUUCUCAUAUUCACCUUUGAAGUUAAACCAAAUAGAAAUCAAUAGAAUAGAGCCAUUAGCAAAUUUCUCUUAUAUAAAUGGCUUAGUUCUCCAACUCUUGAGAACUCAAAACACAAUAUAUACUAAGAAGUAACAAUGGCAAAAAGCAAGGUUCUUGUUGUAGGUGGCACUGGUUAUAUUGGCAAGAGGAUUGUAAAAGCUAGCUUAGCUCAGGGACAUACAACGUAUGUCUUGCAGCGGCCGGAGAUCGGCCUCGACAUCGACAAACUACAGAUGUUUUUGUCGUUCAAAGAGCAAGGUGCUCGACUUGUCGAGGCCUCGUUCUCCGACCACCGGAGCCUUGUGGAGGCUGUCAAACAGGUGGAUGUUGUUAUAUGCACAAUGUCUGGUGUGCAUUUCAGAAGUCACAAUAUCUUGUUGCAACUCAAGUUGGUUGAUGCCAUUAAAGAAGCUGGAAAUGUUAAGCGGUUCUUGCCAUCAGAAUUUGGAAUGGAUCCAGCAAUAAUGGGACAUGCAAUAGAACCAGGAAGAGUGACAUUUGAUGAGAAGAUGGAAGUGAGAAAAGCGAUAGAAGAAGCUCAUAUUCCUUAUACUUACAUUUCUGCUAACUGCUUUGCCGGUUACUUUGCUGGCAACCUCUCUCAACUUGGAACUCUUGUUCCUCCUAAACACAAAGUUUGUGUCUAUGGACAAGGCAAUGUUAAAGUGGUGUAUAUGGAUGAAGAUGAUGUAGCAACAUACACAAUUAAAAGCAUAGAUGAUCCAAGGACACUGAACAAGACAGUGUACAUUAGACCACAGGAAAACAUUCUGACUCAAAGGGAGUUGAUAGGCAAGUGGGAAAAGCUUAAAGGAAUAGACCUUGAGAAAAUUAGCAUCUCUGAACAAGACUUCCUAUCUUCCAUGAAAGGAAUGGACUAUGCUGGGCAGGUAGGAGUCGGACAUUUCUAUCACAUAUUCUACGAAGGUUGUUUAACAAACUUUGAAAUUGGAGAAAAUGCAGAAGAAGCUUCUGAACUUUACCCUGAAGUUCGUUACACUCGCAUGGAUGAAUAUUUAAAACGCUAUAUUAAUUAGCUUUCUCUUUCACACACUGUUUGAUUUGGAGUUGAAAGAAAAUUACAGCAAAUAAUGUACUACAAUAAUCUUGUGUCCUGAAGAGAACAAUCAAUGAUAAUCUUGUAUUAUUUCUGCAAUA